AUGGCCAAUAACAACGGGUGGAUUUUUUUGUUUUCUGUUUGGCUCUUUGUGUACAAUCUGGCCAUGCUAGAUUUCCAUGCAACCUCUGCACAGGAAAAUAUUACUGUGCCUGCAAUUUACAUAUUUGGAGAUUCUACAGUAGAUGUUGGAACCAAUAGUUACUUGCCUAAAUGUAAAGCCAGGGCAGAUAUGCCUCACAAUGGGAUUGAUUAUCCAGGCUCUAAAGCAACAGGAAGAUUUAGCAACGGUCACAACGUCGCAGAUUUCCUCGCACAGUUCCUGGGUUACAAGGAGAGCCCGCCACCUUUUCUCUCUCUUUUAAACAAGAAGAAGCAGAUUCCUAAGAGGAGGAUUCCAACAAAGGGAGUUAACUUUGCAUCAGGUGGAUCAGGACUUCUGGAUGAUACUGGUAAACUACUAUGGGGAGAUGUUGUUUCCUUUGGGAAACAAGUGCAGCAAUUCCGAACUGUACGUAACAAUAUAUCGGAAUCAUGGGGUGCUGGUGGAUUGGCUAACAUUUCAAAGUCCAUAUUCAUUAUCAGCGUCGGAAGCAACGACAUGUUUGAAUUGUUCGCUGCCAAUAAGUAUAACCUAACGAAGAAAACCGAAAAAGACUUCUUGAGCAGACUCAUCUCCUCUUACGAAACUCAUCUAAGGGACCUGUUCAAGCUCGGAGCAAGGAAGUUUGGGAUCAUCGGCGUCCCGGCGAUUGGGUGCUGCCCCGUCCAGAGAAAACUCAGUGAAACAGGUGGGUGUUUGGAGGCCAUGAAUGCUUAUUCUCACUUGUUCUUCACGUCACUCCAAGUCCUCUUGAAGGAGUUAAGCUCAGAAUGCAAAGGGAUGCUAUACUCACUUGGAGAUACUUAUACAAUGACCAACGUUAUUAUGGAGACACCUCUCCCAUUGGGGUUGGUGGAGGUGGCAAAAGCUUGUUGUGGUAAAGGGAAGUUGAAUGCAGAGUUACGAUGUGAACAAGAUUCAAAUUUGUGUGAAAAUCGCCAUGGCUACUUGUUCUGGGAUCAAUACCAUUCAUCACAGGCUGCGUCUGGAAUGUUAGCCAUGUAUCUGUUUGGUGGUGCUCCAUUUAUGGUGUCACCCAUGAGUUUCAGUCAAUUGGCCGUUGCAUAA